CACAGUCCCUCUCUCUCUCUCUCACUCUCUCUCUCUCUCUCUCUUUCUAUGCAUAUAUAGAGUGACAAACCCAUAUAGAUAUAGUUCGUUAGUGCUCUGUUUGGGUGAAAAUGACGGACAUAACGGACGAUAUAGUAGGGGAAAUAUCGUUUCAGAGCUUUGAAGAUGACUGUAGGCUUCUGGGUAGUCUUCUCAAAGACGUUAUUCAGAGAGAAGCUGGGUGUAAAUUCAUGGAGAAACUCGAAAGAAAUCGUGUACUCGCUCAGAGUGCUUGUAACAUGAGGCUGGCGGGGAUAGAGGACACGGCUGAGCUGCUUGAAAAGCAACUCGCAUCGGAAAUGUCUAAAAUGACAUUGGAGGAGGCCUUGACGAUUGUUCGAGCAUUCAGUCAUUAUCUCACCUUGAUGGGUAUUGCUGAGACUCAUCAUAGAGUACGAAAGUUACGGAGUGUGGCACAUCUAUCAAAAUCUUGUGAUGACAUUUUCAAUCAGCUGAUCCAUGGUGGAGUUUCCCCGGAUGAGCUCUACAACAAUGUCUGCAAACAGGAGGUUGAGAUUGUUUUGACAGCACAUCCUACACAGAUCAAUCGACGUACUUUACAAUACAAACACAUUAGAGUUGCACAUCUUUUGGAGUUUAAUGACCGACCUGAUCUUGGCCAUGAAGAUCGCGAAAUGCUGAUAGAAGACCUGGUGAGAGAGAUAACUUCUAUAUGGCAAACAGAUGAACUAAGACGCCACAAACCUACACCUGUAGAUGAAGCUAAGGCUGGCUUACACAUUGUGGAGCAGUCCCUUUGGAAAGCUGUACCUCACUAUUUACGUCGUGUCAGUAAUGCUCUUAAGAAGCAUACUGGGAGGCCACUUCCGCUGACAUGCACACCAAUUAAAUUUGGAGCUUGGAUGGGAGGUGACAGAGAUGGAAAUCCAAAUGUCACAUCAAAGGUCACAAAAGAUGUUUCUCUUUUAUCUAGGUGGAUGGCUAUUGAUCUCUACAUCCGGGAGAUUGAUAACCUCAGAUUUGAACUUUCCAUGAACUGCUGCAACGAUAGAUUGUUAAGACUAGCAACCGAAAUCUUAGAAAGAGAAACUUCAGCUGAGGAUCGUCAUGAGAAUUGGAACCAACCACAAAACUGGAGUCAAUUGAAGCCUCCCAGCCAACAAAUGCCUGCCCUUCCUACACAGCUUCCAGCUGGUGCUGGACUACCCUCUUGCACAGCGUGCCAGGAUGGGGAAUCUCAGUACCCUAGAGUAGAACUUCCAGGGAGAAAUCACUCGCCAUUGAAUCGUCAGGUGAAACAAGUUCCAGGACAGGAUGUUAAGGGUUGUCCAAAACGCGAAUCUUCAUUCCAGGAUUCAAAUCAAAGUUUGCACAAAAAGUUUGCAGACGGGAACAUGGCCAAUUCUAGUAGUCCUCCAUCAGCUGUGAUCCCCCGCUCUUCUUCUUUCAGCUCUAAUCAACUCCUUGCUCAGAGGAAACUAUUUGCCGAAUCUCAAAUAGGAAGGACCAGCUUCCAGAAGCUUCUAGAGCCUAGCCUGGCUCAACGACCUACAAUUGCUCCAUAUAGAAUUGUUCUUGGGCACAUAAAAGACACGCUUGAAAAGACGAGGAAGCGGCUAGAGCUUCUUCUUGAGGACCUUCCUUGUGAAUACGAUCCUUGGGAUUACUAUGAAACACCAGAUCAACUUAUGGAACCACUACUUCUGUGCCACGAAUCUCUGCAAUCAUGUGGAGCGGGGGUGCUAGCUGAUGGUCGGCUUGCUGACUUAAUUCGACGAGUGGCUACCUUUGGGAUGAAUUUAAUGAAGCUUGACUUGCGUCAGGAAUCUGGUAGACACUCUGAUACGCUCGAUGCAAUUACCAGAUACUUGGAUAUGGGUACAUAUAGUGAGUGGGAUGAAGAAAAAAGACUGGAAUUCCUAACGAGAGAGCUAAAAGGGAAGCGGCCUUUAAUUCCUCCAACUAUAGAGGUUCCUCCUGAAGUUAAAGAAGUCUUAGACACCUUCUGUGUUGCUGCUGAGUUGGGAAGUGAUUCACUAGGAGCAUAUGUGAUUUCCAUGGCUUCAGCUGCGAGUGAUGUCCUCACCGUGGAGCUUUUGCAGAAACAUGCUCGUCUUGCUGUUUCUGGGGAGCGAGGCAGACCAUGCCCUGGUGGAACGCUGCGGGUGGUUCCUCUGUUUGAAACAGUGAAGGACUUGAGAGGAGCUGGCUCAGUGAUCAGGAAAUUAUUGUCAAUUGAUUGGUACCGAGAGCAUGUCAUUAAGAACCAUAACAGUCAUCAGGAGGUAAUGGUUGGAUAUUCUGAUUCUGGUAAAGAUGCUGGUCGCUUCACUGCCGCUUGGGAGCUUUAUAAAGCUCAAGAGGAUGUCGUAGCAGCAUGCAAUGAGUACGGUAUCAAAGUUACACUUUUCCAUGGUCGUGGAGGGAGUGUUGGCCGUGGUGGUGGCCCCACAUAUCUUGCCAUUCAAUCGCAACCGCCUGGUUCUGUUAUGGGUACGCUUCGCUCAACUGAACAAGGAGAAAUGGUGCAAGCCAAGUUUGGGCUACCACAGACCGCUGUUCGACAACUAGAAAUCUACACGACAGCUGUGCUUCUUGCCACCCUACGCCCUCCGCUCCCACCUAGAGAGGAAAAAUGGCGUAAUCUGAUGGAAGAGAUCUCCAAAAUCAGUUGCCAAUGUUAUCGAAGCACAGUCUACGAAAACCCCGAAUUCCUUGCUUACUUUCAUGAAGCCACGCCACAAGCUGAGCUUGGUUUCCUCAACAUAGGAAGCCGUCCCACGAGAAGAAAGAGCUCUGUAGGAAUUGGACAUCUUCGUGCAAUCCCGUGGGUAUUUGCUUGGACCCAAACAAGAUUUGUCCUUCCUGCUUGGCUUGGAGUUGGAGCGGGCUUAAAAGGUGUGUGUGAAAAGGGACAUACCGAAGACAUAAAAGCAAUGUACAAAGAAUGGCCCUUUUUCCAAUGUACCAUAGACCUUAUAGAGAUGGUUUUGGGAAAAGCAGAUAUUAACAUAGCCAAGCAUUACGAUGAAGUUCUUGUGUCUCAGAGUAGGCGUGAGCUCGGUGCUGACCUGAGGAGAGAGCUUCUGACGACAGAGAAGUAUGUUUUGGUGGUUUCAGGGCAUGAGAAACUAUCAGAGAAUAAUAAGAGCUUGCAAAGAUUGAUUGAGAGCAGGCUUCCUUAUCUCAACCCCAUCAAUAUGUUGCAAGUGGAGAUAUUGAGGAGAUUAAGACGUGAUGAUGAUAAUCAUAAACUUAGAGAUGCAUUGCUUAUUACUAUUAAUGGGAUUGCUGCUGGGAUGAGGAACACGGGCUGAACAUCGCAAGCACUUACCUGAGGGAUAAGUAUAUGACAGAAAGUUACAGUUAAUAAAUGAAUAUAAUAGUAAUAGUAUAUAAUUGGGAUUCUUUGGUUGUUGAGUUUAUUUCUACAUUAUAGGGUUAUACUAAAAGCUUUUAAGACAAGUCGAACUCGAAAAAUUUUGGUCACUGAAAUUGCAGUAGUUGUGUGAAGUCAAACUGGUCCAAAGUCUAUAUUUGAAUUAUUGUUUCUGAACAGAGUAUUAUUUGAACUAUAUAAUGCAAGAUUGGUUAAUUCUUUGAUUACUAAA